ACCUCUCCAGAAAAAAAGAAAAACAAAUCGUUCACCGGAAAACCACAAAAUGGCUUGCCGCGACAUUGUCCUCCCUUUCCUCCUCCUUCUCGCCACCGUCUCCGCCGUAGCUUUCGCCGAGGAUGAUCCAGACUGUGUAUACACAUUCUAUCUCAGAACCGGAUCGAUCUGGAAAGCCGGAACCGAUUCGAUCAUCAGCGCAAGAGUCUACGAUAAGUACGGUGACUACAUCGGAAUCAAAAACCUUCAAGCUUGGGGUGGAUUAAUGGGACCUGAUUACAAUUACUUCGAGAGGGGUAAUCUCGACAUUUUCAGUGGAAGAGCACCGUGUUUACCUAGUCCGAUCUGUGCCUUAAACCUAACCUCUGAUGGCUCCGGUGAUCACCAUGGUUGGUACGCUAAUUACGUUGAGGUCACCACGGCUGGUGUUCACGCACAGUGCUCGACGCAGGAUUUUGAGAUUGAGCAAUGGCUCGCUACUGAUACUUCUCCUUAUGAGCUCACCGCCGUUCGUAACAAUUGUCCGGUCAAGCUUAGGGAUAGUGUUAGUCGGGUCGGGUCUGAGAUCCGGAAGAAGCUUUCUUGGGUCGUUUAAAGAAGUGAUGUGAUUCGUGAGACUUCUCUGUAUUGUUUGUUUCGUCGUCGUCGUCUUGUGAGUGUAAUGUGGCGUUAAUGAUAUUAUUCCAUAAAUAAAACUUUUUUAGUUAU